CGGGGCGAAAGUCACGAGUUGGCUCCUCAUCUUCGGCUCGAUGCGGCGGAUGGCCGAGCACGGAAGGGCACAGUUUAAUGCAACAUAAUAACAUAAUAUAUAUUCUAUAGUUUUUGGUAAAGUGAGGAAGAAAGGAAAGUUAGGUUCUUGUGUGCGAUCUUGGCUCAGUUUUCGUUUUGACAUCCCCACGCUACGGGCGCAACUCCGAGAGACGCGAGAACGACGUUCAGUUUACUUUCACAGUUUCAACGACCCACGGAUCAAGGCCAAACUUGAGGAGCUGAUGGGCACAAACGUUGUCCGACUCACGGACAGGAAUUACAUGCUCCAAUUGCGUGCCAGACUCUUGGACGAGUAUGAGCAAAAUUUACGAAAAAGGAUGAAGGAGCGAGAGAGAGACGAAGUAGAACGAGAAAAAAGGCUAAUCUUGUCAGGUAGGAUGCCGAUUGAAGAUGCACCCGCGGAGCUGGAGGAUCAUCCUGUAUUCAGGAUUACACAAUUCACGAGAAAAAUCCUUCAAGAGAAACGAGAGAAGGCAAUGAAAAGACAGACGUUCAAAUGCAAAGCUGUACCUGUGGACGUCCUGGUGGACAAAAAAAUCAACUCGACGGUGGGGACAGAGCGAUCCAAAACGCACUCGAACGACGAGGAGUUGAGGUUGGGGUCCUGCGAGACUCUCGACAAAGUCGACGGCGCGGGAAUCACGAGCUCCGAGGACCGGCGCUCGGUCGUCAUCGAGGAGAUGGCUCCCGGUUUCAUGUUCACCCAGGAGGAAUAUGAUAACCUGAAAUACGAGGCGCCUCUCGUCAAGCAGCUCAGAACCAUACAGGAUAUCGAGGAGAUGUACAAGUUGGCAGAUUCCAUUGUGGGGCCCUACACAUUGUACAAAAAACCGAAGCAGCAUCAGUACUCAGGAUCGUAAACAAACCUAUGCUAAUCGAUUGAUUCGGAGAUAAACAUUCCUUCCGAACUUUAACCUCAUAUUUAAAAGUUCCUAAGACAAAAUUCGCAGUAUUGCUCCAAUCGAAAUCCUCAUUUCGGCACGAAGGAUGCGCGUAACAUUUGGGUCAUUUAAUAUUCCAAGAUGGUACAGGAAAAUGAUUUUAAAAAUUAUAACCUCAAUUGUAAACUCUUAUGAUGGAUCGAAAACAUUAGUUUUGGUUGCGAAAAACAUUGUAAAUUUGUAAAUUGUUUCGUUUCAAUAAAAAAGUUUGUUUCGA